AUCGACUACGACCAGGUGGAGCCUUUCCCCGAGCUGGGGCCCAAAACGAUCUCCGAGAAGGCCGCUAUCAAGUUCAAACCAACUCUGUUCAUCAAGGACGGAUGUCACCCUUACGCUGCAGUGAACGCUGCCGGUGACACGAGCGGAGGCUUGGACCCGAAGGCGUCCGACGAUGAAUGCAAGGGGUCGACGUUGGGUUCGCAAGUUUACAGCCGCUCUACGUGGUACCGCAACACCUGGGCCACCAUGUACGCCUGGUACUUCCCCAAGGACACAAAUCUCUAUCUGCGAGGCGUACGUCACGACUGGGUUAGCGCUAUCGUGUGGCUCGACAACCCGGCGCUGGCGAAUCAAACGCUGAUCGGUGUCUCGUUCUCGAGUGGUGGGGCCUCGUACGGGGGGUUUCACCUUGAUCGAAGCAGAAUGUGGGAUGGCUAUGUGGACGGCACACACCCCAAGAUGGAGUACUCUGCAGCCGACACGAGGAGCGGGUACCACACGAUCGAUGCGUCGGAGGACGUGGGCGACUUCCAAGACCUUAUUCACUGGUCGCAACUGACGGAGGAAGCGCGCAAUGCCUUGGAGACUGGCGACUUCGGCUCGGAUACCCCCGUCCCUUUCAACAAUGCCAACUUCAAGAAGAACCUGGAGCGGGGCUUU